CCCGCCGCGAGAAACAGCGAAGAUGAAGUUCCUCAAGGUCGGACGCGUUGUCAUCAUCACCCGGGGCCGCUACGCUGGCAAGAAAUGCGUGAUCAUUUCACCGCUCGACAACGGCACCAAGUCGCAUCCGUUCCCGCACGCGCUCGUCGCCGGCAUCGAGCGCUACCCGGACAAGGUCACGCGCCGCAUGUCGAAAGCCAAGCAGGCGAAGAAGAGCAAGGUCAAGCCGUUCGUCAAGCAGGUCAACUACACUCACAUCAUGCCCACGCGAUACACGCUCGAGCUGGAGAAUCUGAAGGGCGUCGUGUCGGCCGACACAUUCAAGGAGGUGUCGCAGCGGGAGGAGGCUAAGAAGACCGUGAAGAAGGCGUUCGAGGAGCGAUACCAGUCGGGCAAGAACAGGUGGUUCUUCACUCCGUUACAGUUCUAGGCUUUCUUUCGGUCGUUCGGCUGGGCGUAGACGGGCAUGAUUUGAUAACGCGUGGAGGUCCUGCAUGAGCAUGUCGGUGGAUAUCACAGGGUGGACGGCGAUCAGAGCAGCCGUCCAUUCGGGCCUGUACUUCGGCUUGAUAAUCAGAACACAAAAUUCUAGGCUUCUGGGUCGAAUAUCACAACGAUGCGUCUUGGCAGCACCCCUUGUCAAGCCCACACAUACCACAAUAGAAAGAGCGAAAUUGGCU